GCUGGUGCAUCGUAUCGCUCACCGUGUUGUGUUCAGUCUCUUAUCAGUUGUCAUUCACGUGCGGUCUGCCGUUCGCGAAAUCGAGUCUUCCUCUUCCGACGACGUGUUGUUAACGAAGACAUUAUAAAUUCAUUUGACGACGACGAUAAUCGCACACGUCAAAUGGUCUCUACAAGUGCUGUUUAGGUUUCUGUUUUUCAUACCAGUGGCUGAUAUGCCGGUCAAGGUAAAAUGGAAAACCGUUUGCGCGGCAGUAUUGGUGUUGGCCGUCCAACUGGCCACCGGCAUGUUCGUACAGAGACACUGCAAUCAUUUGUACCCCAAGCCAGACGAGGUAAUACAUGGAGUGCACAUUGAAUCACCGCACAUAAUGAGAAAAAGAAGUGUGAAUCAACCGCUGCGAAUUCUUCUCUAUUACGACGAGAGCGUAUACAGACUUACCGAAGAGAAAUUUCAGCUAAUAAAUAAUACCAUACUACCGGAAGCUGUGCGUUUUUGGGAACAAGCACUCAUGGUUCGCAAAACCGAAAAUGUUAUUCGACUCAACCGAAAAUGUGUAAACAAUCAAGUUUUUUAUCGAAAAGGAGAUCCUCAUCCAUACUGCAAGAACGCGUGUGAAGACCGAACAAUGUGUGGUGAAGUACAAGUUCCCGAAGAUCAUUUGGAGGCAUGUAAGACGUGCAACGCGUCGGGCAUGGACUGUGGCACGGGAACGUCUAAAUCAGGCGUAGGCAUCGAAGGCGCUGACUUCGUGUUCUAUGUGAGCGCAAUGGAGACGGAACGGUGCCACAAGGGUCUGACAGUGGCGUACGCGGCCCACUGUCAGCAGGAGUCGGCACUGGACCGGCCGAUUGCCGGGCACGCCAACUUGUGCCCCGAAAGUAUCAGCACCAAGCCGCAGGAGCUCGAGGUGCUCCUGUCUACGGUCAAGCACGAAAUAUUGCACGCGCUCGGUUUCUCCGUGAGCCUGUUCGCAUUUUACCGGGACGCCAACGGGUAUCCGCUGACCGCCAGGGAAGACAACGGCAAGCCCAGGCUCAACGAGAAACUUCAAGCAAGGCAAUGGAGUGAUAAAGUUAUCAAGACUGUGGUAAGACGCAAUUGGACAGUACAUGGUGGCGUGGUCGACAAAGAAGUUCAGAUGAUGGUAACGCCUAGAGUCGUAGAAGAAGUUAGAAAACAUUUCAACUGCUCCUAUUUAGAAGGGGCUGAAUUAGAAGACCAAGGCGAAGAUGGUACAGCUCUCACGCAUUGGGAAAAAAGAAUUUUUGAGAAUGAAGCGAUGACGGGUACUCACACACAGAAUCCAGUUUAUUCGCGAUUAACACUAGCACUGAUGGAAGAUACUGGAUGGUAUAAGGCUAAUUAUUCAUUAGCUCAAGAUCUCAGCUGGGGCAAAAACUUGGGCUGCGAUUUCGUAACAAAAAGCUGUAAACAGUGGAUGGACAUGAAACGUGCCAAAGGUCAAUCUAUCCAUCCGUUUUGUAAUAAAGUAAAAAGAGAUCCUCUGGAAACUGAGUGUACGGAUGAUCGUAGCUCAGUAGCCCUAUGCAACCUAGUCGAACACGUACAGCCCUUACCAAACUUCUACCAGAACUUCGAUUACAUCCCACACGUAACAUCUGGUCGUGAAGCAUAUUAUGGAGGAUCUGUAAGUCUUGCGGAUUACUGUCCUUACAUACAAGAGUUUAUAUGGAGGUCGAAAAGUGUAGUAAUAAGAGGAUCACAUUGUCAGUAUCCAGAAAAUAAUCCACAUCCAGAUAAGAACUUUGCGUUAGAAGUAUACGGAGACAAUUCUAAAUGUUUCGACCAUACUAAUCAGAUGUGGGAAGAACAAACGUGCAAACAAGUCAGACAAUGGCAACACUGGGGCUCUGGAUGUUACGAAUAUAGCUGUCAAAACGGAAGACUUCAUAUUGUUGUGUCCAACCACACGUACACGUGCUACUUCCCGGGCCAGGAAUUGGUCAUCCGGCUGGUGGCCAACGGUUGGCUGCACAAGGGCGUCAUCGUGUGUCCGGCGUGCGAAGAACUGUGCGGCGGCGGGUCGGACGACAACAAGUGCAAGCCGCCGUCGGACGUGCCACUCACCGUACCGUAUCACCGCGAACAGCUAGCGUGCGGCGGCACAGCCACAGUCUCCGUCACGGCCGCAGCCGCGGUCACCACGGUAACCGUCGCCACGCUGUUACUCAUGAUCUCGACGUGAACAAACAAGGAUAUGAUAAUAUUAUAAUAUAUUAUCGUACAUACCGUUUCUCUCUAUCUCACUCUCACUCUCUUUCAUUAUCUCAUUAUCUAUCUAUCUAUCUCUUCCUACUUUUUGUUCGUCCCUCUAAUCGUGUGUGUGUGUGUGUGUGUGUGUGUGUGUGUGUGUAUAAUAUUCCAUGUCUGUAUAUAUGAAAAAAAAAUUGUAAUUUAUGAUCGUCAUCGUAGUCAUCAACAUUCCUAGAUAUUGUUGCACUCUUCCGGAGCGCGAAUCUUAUUGCACUUUAUAUUAUGUUAUUGCGCUGAGUAUUAAUAAUAUUAUAGAUCGACUGCAGCGUUAGUCUGUCGAAAACUAUUAUUUUUCCAACCAACAACAACUGAGGUACAAUAUAUUAAUACAAUAAUAUAUCGUGUCAACGUGACGUGCCCAGAAAAAAAUUGUACCGCAGUCUUGUCGGUAUUUAUUAACAUAUUAAUUUAUCGGUUUUUUACGCGCGAUUUACGAACCGUCAUCCUCCAAGCUCCAAAUUGUAUUUACAUUUAUUGAAUUUGCGAUCGCAUGCGCAUGUCCGCGGCUGUUUUACGUAUACAUAAUAUAUAAAUUGUAGAUACAUAAAAAAAGAUUAAAAAAUGACAAUUAACGAUUUCAUAAUAUUUUGAUGUUUAAACUUGACCAUAUAUUGACUAUUUAAUAGUAUAAUGUGCAACGGCUAAACAAUAUAAAUUACGUAAACUAUAUUAAAUUUGUUGAUGUGGAAAUAUUGACAAUCAAAUUAACAUUUCUCAAAUUCCUACUAAUACAGGCGUAUUUGGUGUACUCGUAUAUCGCUUUUACAAGUUUUUAGACGUUAUUGAUUGUCUCAGCCUACAGUGGCUCCUGACAGUUUUUUUUUGUUUGAUAACAUGAUAUUUUAUUUAUUAUGAAGUUACGAUUUGUAAGCCUUUAUUGCGUUCCCGCUUAUUAUUUCUGUGAUAGCUAUGAUUCCAUUUUGUCAUUUUUAUAGCGUACAAUGUUCCACUGUAAACAUCGAUAACAGUGGCGCCCUCGGAUUGGAGGUAUACCUACAACGUUUUCGUAAUAUCUGUGGAUAAGGGUCAUUGGCCGAGGAACACUAAAGUAUGUUUUGCACCAGAUUAACACUGAAUGCUGUACCUAAUUAUACGCCACUGUUCAAUCGGAAUUUUGCUGUCCCGAUUAGUAUCCCUUAUUGAAGACAUUAAGAAUGUUGAUUAAAUAUUAGGUGCUAGAACCAAUCCCUGUGAUUAAAAUGCUCAUGUAUGGAUAGAAAUGUGAAACAAAAAGUAAUCCUUUUAAUUGUAAUAAGUACACGUUAGAAAAAAUAUUGAUGAUACCUAUAAUAGGUACAUCAUGUGUCAUUAUAAUGAUUUUAAUUUAUAAUAAUUCUCGUAAUUCGUAUCUAAUAUUUUAAAUUUUAAAUUGAGGCACGUACCUAAUAAUAAAUUACUUGAGGUUCUCUUACUUUGAUGUGUACUCCCUUGCAUCGCUACGGAGUAUCCGAAUAGAUUGGUACCUAUUUUAUCUAUAGUAAUUGUGUAAUUAUAUGUAUUAAGUAGGUAACAUUAUGAGUUUUUUUUUACUAACUAAAUACAAAAAAAAUGUACCAGUCAAAGUUAAACAGCUAUAAUACUUAGUAAGCUUAGUUAAACAUAUAACUUAUUCCUUUUGAUAAAACAAUUUUCUUAAAAAAGGAAAAAAAAUAUCAAAUGAAGAAAACUGUUUCAUAACUAAAUUAUUAAGCAGGAGUAAAGCUUACAAAGGUUUCUUUUUUGCAAUUUCUAACCAACAAGUAUCAACGAAAAAACUUUAUCAUUAUUUUUAUUCCGUAAUAUAAUAAAACAUCAAUCGUAAUAAAAGUCUCUUUUAUUACUGCCACGGUCAAGAUACGUACUUCUAUCGGUAUUUGCCUUUCGUUCAACGUAAACAUUCCGGGUAUAUUAUUAGGUAGGUAUUAUUAUUGUGUAUUUUACUGUUUUCGUGCACGAGUGAAACGGAUAUUAAAAAAUGCUCAAAAAUAAAUAAUAAUAUUAUUCUAACUGAUAUACUGCAAACAAACAUUCCAAAAUUCAGUACAUGCAAGUAUACAAUACGCAUAUUUGCAUGUACCUACUGCCCUACUAUAUACACUGCAGAAUAUAGAUACGGCUUUAUAGUGCUUUAGUAGAAUUAAUUAAUUGUUCGUCCGGAUGUAAACAUUUGCUAUUGAAAUGGAACAUUACGCCAUCAUAUUAAGAUGAUGAUUUUUAUCAGUAAAUCUUCUAUAAUUUUAUCGUCGGUAUCUUUUAUAUAGUAUUAUGUAUAUUAUUCUAUCAUAGUUACCUACCAAUUUGUAUUGUGUAAAAAUAUUAUUAUUAUUUUUUUUAAGUACCUAUUGUAUUUACCAAUAUUUAUAUAUAAUUAUAUAAUAAUAUAUGUUUAUAAGUGUCACUAGACGUUAAGUUGUGAAUAUGCUUUUUUUUUUAAAUUAAGAUUAGUUUUAUAGUGAGUACGUAAAAUUAAAAAUAACGCAAAUAUACUUAUUAUGUCUGGAUGAUUUGCCUCAAAACCACACCCUUACAGUAUAUUUCGUCAAUUUUUUUUUGUGGUUAUUCCACUGCUUAUUAUUGUUUAUGUACCCCUUAGUACAAUCGUUUCUGAAUUAUACAAAUAAUUACGUACUAUUAUCAAUAAGUAAUAACUAUGCAUACCUAUAUAGUACCUAAUACUCAUAUUAUAUAGAAUCAUUUAUCGUGUAAACCGAAUAUAAUAAAAUAUAUGUUUUGUUGUUCCUAUAAUAUA